AUGGCAAAGGUGGAAAGACGUCUCGCACGUGAGAGACAAGAAGCGACGGAAGACCACGAGGCCAUUCCAUCGACUUCUAGCGGCACGAGUCCAACAAAGAAACUGCGAUCCAGGUCAGGGCUGCCAAUCGCAGGCUCUGGCCCCGUUCUUCCUGCCCUGGGCAUAAUUUGCCAAAAAAAGGAGAAGUUCGUCAACCGAGCAGGCAAACGACAAAGGGAUACUCUGUCAAAGGCUGAAACAUUAACAGCAGGCCAAUUGCAGAAAGCUGCCGAGUUGAAGGAGGACCAAAGUAUUCUUUUGCAUAUACAAGACAAAGACUGUGUGGCUCUGGAGGUGCAGGACCACAAAGGCUGUUAUAAUCAGUACACCAGGUUUUUGAUGAGGCCUGAAAACCCAGAGAAAGAACAGAAUGAGCCCACGUUUGAUGUCAGCGAUAAGAUAUUCUGUGAAAGGAUCAUUCGCCAAAGGCUGCUUGUCAACCAAGAGGUGCUGAGAAUGGGCCAGCUGAGGAAGGCCUUCAUUGAACUGGUGAAAGCAAAUGAAGGUCUUGAUGCUUCAAACUACAGGGAACUGCAAUGCAUUUUUCUCUCACGUCUCAUUAUUUGUCAUGUGCAAGUCCAGCUUUACACAACAUGUGUGUGACAGGCCUGAGAAACUGUUUUUAAUUCUUGCUGUUCGCACAAACAUGUACCAGUUGGCAACAAGGAGAAGUGUGUGUGUGUGUGUGAUGUUGUGUGCCUUUCUUGGGCAUCUUUGGUGUUAAAUGUGCUGUAUGGCAGAUAGGUUCUAGCCUGUAAUGUCUUGUACCACCUGCACCACUCUCUGCUUUUCAUGAUACUCCUGUGACUCUUAAUUGUCACUGUUUUGUUCUGUUGCAGACAGGAUAUGUUGAAGAAGAGGCUGGCUCGUGAUUUCCCCCAGCUGGUGUUUCACAUCCCCACCAAGCGCAACAUCUGCGAGCUGGUUUUUGCAGAGACCCUGUCAACCGGUACACUCGCGGGACUCCACAAGUGCCUUUUAUGGCAAAGGGGGAAAAAAGACAUUUUCUGUUGCAUGUGAGAAAGGUGAGUACCUAAAGGCUUUUAAAAGUUUAGGUACUCACUUUAACUUGGAGCAGUCAACAUUUGCACUUCUUUGCCAGUAUGUGUGCCACUUAUAUGAUCAGCCAGCUGCCGAUAAUGUCAAUGAAGCUAGGUACAAGGCUUUCUGUAUGGCAUCAUCAGCCUUGCCAGAAAUAUGCAUUCCCCCAACUACUGAUGCCCUCCAACAGCACUGCAAAAGGGCAAACUACCAGGCUGCAAUAAUGUCGCAAACAAAAAAUAAGUGCUCCAUCACCUGCUGGAUAUGGUUGGCAAAUAGAGGAUGGGACCUUGCACAUCACCUGGAUGACCAGAAAUCCGGCCCCUGACAGUGUUUUGCAUGUCAUACACUGCGGCUGUAAAGGUGCCUGUGAGACAGGAAGAUGUUCCUGUUUUUCUGCAGGAUUGUGUUGCACAGACUUAUGUCGUUGCUGUAAUUGUGCCAACACCAAAGACACCGAGCAACUGGAAGACAACUGUCCUGACACUGACAGUGAGGACUGAGCGUCCUUAAUAUGUUAUUUCUUUUGUAGUUUUGUACAGUUUUAUAUAUCAGUCAUAUUUUUCAUAAAGAUUGUUUCUAUUGUU